GUGGUUACAACUAAUUUUGAAGUAUUUUUUUUUCUAAAAUUAAAUAAUAAACUUAUAAAAUAAAUCAUAAUUGGCUUGGUUGUGGAAAGGUCCCUGUAAGUAUGAGGAAUGGACAAAUUUAUCUCAUAAAGAGCACGGUAGAAAACUAGAACUAGAUCAAGUUUCAACACCAGAGUCUAUGUUAAUAAUACGAAGUCAACUUGUCUUAACAAUGAAGGGAAAAUUAAAGUGAAGGUCUCUAACAUGUCAUAACAAUGAAGGAGCGAAAAACUGAAUAAAUCAUCAGGGCAAAAAAGAAAUGCACAGAAGAAAUUUACUGAGCGAAUUUAACGGGAGCAAUUAUUUGGAAGUACCAAGCCCAACUCACGAGCCACUCAUUUUCAUCAUCAUGGCCAUUGGCUGUGUUUCAGGACUCUACGCCUUUUAACUUUUUACUUGACUACCGAUAACUGAAUGAAAAGCAAAUUAAGUUAACCAAUAGACUAGCAUGCAUGACUCACCAACUCACAAAAUUUUAUUUAGAUUUCAAAAAAAAGAACUUAUAAUUUCACCCAGCUUUGGCGAUUCCAUUUCAAAAUGGUGACAAUUUUCUAAGUUUUGUGUUUAGCAUUAUUUUCAUAAAUGCUACCUGACCUUGCUCAACUAGCCAUGGUAGUUUAAACUACAUUCCCGUCAACUCCAAGAUGAUUUAUGCUAGUUGAUCACAACCUAUUCUAUAGCCAAUUGACCUGCUUCCGUCGACUCGACUCGACUCAUUUUUGGUCGAACAAUCAUUCUUUCCAGGCUCCAAGGUGAUAUUUUAUCCAAAUUUGAUUUAAGCUACUAAAAAAUGACUAUGGUCAAUAAAACACAAGGGUCAAUGAUUUGUUUAUAUUGCCAUUGAUAACCGAAGGGCCACAAUAAGCCAAAGUUUCCCACUUUCCCGUGACUUGAACCUGCACGAAAGCUCAUGAAAAUCAUAGCUUUCUAUCAUCAGUGAUUCACCGUCCACAUGACUGCAUCCAUUGCUCUCCCUUUUCUAUGCAUCGAACAAUGGCAGGUUCAAUGGUUAUGAUUUUGGAGGUGGGUUGGUACCAAAUCUGAAGCAAAUGGAAGGGCUUAACAACAUGUACAGCAGCAGCAGUGACAACGUUGGUGUGUUGGUAAUGAAAAAGAGAGUUAUGGUGAUGGUGGAUCAGUCUUCACAUUCCAAACAUGCAAUGAUUUGGACACUCACACAUGUAACUAAUAAGGGUGAUAUUCAUACUCUUCUCCGAAUUGUUAGUCCUUGGAAAUCUGAGUUGUGUGUUUUCCUCUCCUUGUCUUGCUACAUCACUUGGAUCCCGUUGCAAGGCAAACAUGGGUUUUGUCCUGGCAAUACUCAGGUUGAAGUCGAAGCACUUGUAAUCCAAGGACCAAAGAUGGACACAAUAAUGAGCCAAGUGAAAAAGCUUGAGAUUUCUUUGCUAGUCUUGGGGCUCAACAAGUCCCACCAUCCAUUACUCAACUGGUGACUACUUUGUUCCAUGAGUAAUGCUAUUUGGACUUAACAUAAAAGAGAGAGAUUAUAAUAACUGAAUUUCUUUUCUUUUUUUUUUCUUUUUUUUUUCUUUUUUUUUUCACUUUCUCUAUGUACAAACAGCAUUAUCUAUGUCAUACUGGGACCUUUCCACGAUCGAGCCAAUGAUGAUUUAUUUAUAUUAGUUUAUCAUUCAAUUAAAAUUGACAGAGAAAAGCCUCGAUGAACAUGUGGCUUUAGCAAUCAUUGGAAAUGCAGCGGAUGUUGUAAAGUUAGAAGUUGAUUUAUAUUGCAAUUGGCAAGAUAAGGAUGCCCGCAAAACAAAUCUCCAAGGCAGAACCUCCUAGGAAGCAUUAGAAGAGCUUUCCAAUGAAGCUGAAAGGACUAUUAAGAAGUUCGUCAGAGAAGUAAACGAUUUCCUAAUGGAUAACCCUCUGGAUUGGCCAGUUAAGAUUAUAGCUGCUAACUCAAUGUACUGGAUCAGCCGAACUAUUUCUCUGGCCAGUGGCAAUAAUGAAACAAAUGAGGGACUGUUUAACCAUUUAUUCGUCGUGAAUGCAGAUAUAUGAGCAGCUUCCCUUACCAAUCUACCACAUGUCAUAACUAUGAAAUGCCACCAUAAUUCCGAAAAGAAAAGGCAAAGAGUGUUCCUCAAGCUGCCCUACUCUUGGAGAAACAGAAGAUAUUCUACAAAUUCUUCAGCACCAUGAGAUGUCAAACUUGGA